AUGGAGACACAGUCUGAAGUCCCGCCGUUGAGGAUCCUGUCCCUUGAUGGCGGCGGUAUCCGAGGCAUUUCAAGCCUCCUGAUUCUCGAACACUUGAUGGAGGAGAUCCGCGAUGCAGAGGGUCUCAGCUACGUCCCGCGACCAUGUGAUCUCUUCGACUUUAUUGGCGGGACUAGCACUGGAGGAAUUAUUGCCAUUAUGUUAGGAAGGCUUCGCAUGACAGUCGAUGAGUGCAUCCGAGAAUAUCGAGAAGUAGCCCAGAAGGCAUUCACUCCAAAACGAAUGACGUUCUUACCAGCCCCGCCAAAGGGCACUUUUUCUGCUACAGCCCUCGAGGAGGCGAUCAAGAACACAAGCAAGAAGUUUUGUACAGCAACAGAGUGUGCUAGUCAGAGGCAGGUAGGCAAUCCGACAAACAGGACAUGCCCCCAUGGAAUGGAGUUUCGAGAUGCGACAUGCACUAAGACUGCCGUCUUAGCCAUCACUAAGGACAACGUAGAUGCUCUACCGACACUCUUUACCACCUACGAUGAAUCAACAGGCUUUGAUGGUUGCCCCAUUUGGCAGGUAGCUCGCGCAACAUCCGCAGCCACCACCUUUUUCAAACCUAUCCGCGUUGGCCGAGACGGCGUAGAGUUUGUGGAUGCGGGCUUUGGCUAUAACAACCCUUCUGAGGUCCUCAUCGAAGAGGCUCGGCGGCAGUUCCCUUCGCACCCUCAGAUACGGGUACUCAGCAUUGGUACCGGGCUUGGAGACGUCGUCAGUAUCGGCAGCACAAGGAUGGGCAUCAUUAGAGCCCUGAAGAGUAUGGCGACCAGCUCUAAGAAAGUAGCAGCGAGAUUGGAGAACCAGUAUGGCGAAAGUGCCGAAUACUUCAGAUUUAACGUCGCACAAGGCCUUCAAGAUGUCACUUUAUCGGAUUGGGAAAACUCAAGCACGAUUUCGGCACACACUAAGAAUUACCUCCAAGAAACCCGCAAGCAAAUACAGCAAUUUGUUCGUCAUAUGACGGGCUGUACUGACAAGCAUAAGUUACCGGCGAUCGCAGAGAUUGCAGGAGAUCCUGCGGGAAAAAAGGGAGGAAGCGUUGUUCAUCUGAUACCGCUGCUCAAAAAUAAGAAUUUUGUUGAACGCCCAGAAGCGGUUAGAAUCAAGAGGAUGCUGUUCGAUGGAAACACCCAAGUGGCGUUAGUAGGACUGGGCGGGGUUGGCAAAACGCAGAUAUCCCUACACAUUGCCUACUGGGCGAAAGAGAAUUUGCCAAAUUACUCAGUGUUCUGGGUGCUGGCUUACAGCCGAGCAAGCUUCGAGCAGUCGUACGCAGCAAUCGCCAGGGAACUCAACAUUCGCCCAAACACAGAAGACAAGGACGCGAAAACUUCCGUCAAACAAUGGCUUAGCUCUGAUCAAGUCGGACCAUGGCUUAUGAUCGUGGAUAACGCUGAUGACGCAAGCAUACUGUUCGACAGUCCGAAGCACCAAGAAGGGUUUCUGAAGUAUCUGCCGCAUAAAGGAAACGGUCUGACUCUCUUCACUACGCGCUCUCGGGAAGUGGCAUUGUCGGUGGCAGACGAUGCUUGGCUAGAGCUCCAUUCGAUGAGUGAAAAAGAGGGCACGAAUCAUUUCAGAAAGUCGGUCCACCAAAAGGAUCUUCUUCCACGAGCGCCCUUUUUCCGCCUUCCCGUCGAUCGCGUCGAUGAAAUGCGGCAGCGUGGUUUGCCGGGUGGUAGAGCCUAUGGCCAGCUUCCCUUGGACGACUUAUCUCAUAUGGCUUCAGACGGCAGGAAGGACGAGCAGCGCUGCUUCAAGUGCGGGAACAAUGGCCACUGGGCACGUGAUUGCCGUGAAAGAAGCGAUGAUGAGGAUCGCUGCUUCAAGUGUAAGAAGAAGGGUCACUGGGUACGCGAUUGCAGAGAAAGCAGCGAUGACGAGGAUCGCUGCUUCAAGUGUGGGGAAAAUGGCCACUGGGCACAUGAUUGCUAUGAAAGCAGCGAUGACGAGAAUCGCUGCUUUAAGUGCGAUGAGAAGGGCCACUGGGCAAAAGAGUGCACAAGACGGUAA